GGACGGGUUCAGUGAGGUGCGCAUGGCCGACAGGGAGGAUCCGCCCCCCAGCCCUCCCCUUUGAGCUGUCUCUUUUUCUGCGUGAGCCGUCAUUGCAGAUAAUUGUGAAGAACACGUCUGAAGAUCAGUAUAUCUAGAACCCACCCAGAAAUGUCUCUGCCAAGCAGACAAACAAUUGUUAAUCCUCCGCCACCGGAAUAUAUAAACACUAAAAAGAGUGGGCGCAUAACAAAUCAACUUCAAUACUUACAGAAGGUGGUCAUAAAGGCUAUAUGGAAGCAUAGUUUUUCUUGGCCAUUUCAACAACCUGUAGAUGCUGUGAAACUAAGACUUCCGGAUUAUUACAGUAUUAUCAAGAACCCAAUGGAUUUGAGUACCAUUAAAAAGCGCUUGGAAUAUAAGUACUACAUGAAGGCUUCAGAAUGUGUGGACGACUUCAAUACAAUGUUUACGAAUUGCUAUUUAUAUAAUAAGCCAGGUGAUGAUAUUGUUCUUAUGGCCCAAACCCUGGAGAAAGUAUUUUUACAGAAAGUGGCUCAAAUGCCCCAAGAAGAGGAAUUAAUAGGCAGAAGUAAGGAAGGAAAAAGGAAAGGUAAAGAACCUGAAGGCCCUGAACCGUCUUCAGCGGCAGCUCCCACCAUUAAAGGAAAGUUAUCCUCCCAAACGUCUGAAACAGCCGCUAAGCAGAAGGUGAUGACCCCCUGUUUUCAAGGGGACGAGUCUCCUGUGCAGGUGGUUCAAGCAGGUUCACAAACCUCCGCAAACCAGUCGGUGAUCCAAGCUAAAAAAGGUGUGAAAAGGAAAGCAGACACCACAACUCCUACAACUUCAGUAGUUGCAGAAAGCAGUGAAUCAUCACCAAGCUUCACUGAACAAAAAUGUGCUAAAAUGCUUCCUACAAAAGAAAAAGUGACCCAGAAUGUUUUGCCAGAUUCUCAACAGCCUUGUAAGACGGUAAAGAACAUUAAACUAACUGAGCAAUUAAAACAUUGCAAUGAGAUCCUUAAAGAAUUGUUUUCAAAGAAACACCUGUCAUAUGCCUGGCCUUUUUAUAAGCCUGUUGAUGUUACAGCCUUGGGACUGCAUAACUACUAUGACAUUGUUAAAAAUCCUAUGGAUCUCGGAACUAUUCAAAAGAAAAUGAACAACCAAGACUAUAAGGAUGCACAUGAAUUUGCUGCAGAUGUCAGAUUAAUGUUUAUGAAUUGCUAUAAAUAUAAUCCCCCUGAUCACGAGAUAGUAGGAAUGGCAAGAAUGCUUCAGGAUGUGUUCGAGAUGCAGUUUGCCAAGAUUCCAGACGAACCUUCAGACAGCAUGCCUCUGUAUUACAUCAAAACAGACGCAUCAGAAAGAGAAAGUAGUAGUGAUACGUCCUCAGAAGAGGACUCCUCUGAAGACUCAGAAGAUGAGCGAGUACAGCACCUUACAAAGCUUCAGGAGCAACUUAAAGCUGUUCAUCAACAGCUGGAGGUUCUGUCUCACACUCCUUUUUGUAAACUGAAGAAAAGGAAUGGCAAACCUAAAGGGGGGAGCAGGAAGAUGAAGAAUACGUGUGAAAGCAAUUGCGCGAUUCAAAGGAAAAAGCUGAAGCAAAUGAAGCUAAAGAAGUCUAAUUACAAUCCACCGACAAAGGCCAGUCGGCCGGUAUUGACCUAUAAAUCUGAAGAGGAGGAUAAUUCUAAGCCUAUGAGCUAUGAUGAAAAAAGGCAGUUAAGUUUGGAUAUCAACAAACUCCCUGGAGACAAGCUUGGGCGAGUUGUUCAUAUCAUUCAGUCAAGAGAACCGUCGUUGAGAAACUCAGAUCCUGACGAAAUAGAAAUAGACUUUGAAACGUUACAACCAUCAACCCUGAGAGAAUUACAGAAGUAUGUUCUGGCAUGUUUAAGAAAAAGACCAAGAAAGCUCUGUGCUAAGAAAAUAAUGAAAUCCAAAGAAGAACUUCACUCACAGAAAAAGCAGGAAUUGGAAAAGAGGUUACUGGAUGUCAGUAGCCAGCCAAAUGCUAGGAAGCCUCAAAUAAAAUCUGAGGACACAGCCCUACACACAACUGUAACCCGAUUAAGUGAAACAAGCAGCAGCUCUUCUGAUUCUGGAAGCUCUAGCAGUGAUUCUAGCUCCUCAGAGAGCAGUGAUUCAGAAUCAGAUUUGCAUCCGAACCAGAUUGGCGUGAGACAAAAUGACUUUCCUGCCAGUGAAAAAAUGAAGCAAAUGCACAUUUCUCUGCAAAGGACACCGCCCUCCAAUACCUUUCUUGCAGCUCAGACUUCAUUUCCUUGUAGAAUACCAAAUCCGAGUCAAGUUGUAGCUCUCCUGCCCCAUCAAAAAUUGCAACAGUGCCAGACUUUGCAGCAAGAUCUCCUUGAACCACCAACAGACAUUGUCCUGUCUCCUUUAGGUUUCGUGACAGUGAUAUCACCGUUACAUCCUACUUCAGUGCCUCAAGAAUCUCAGAGCUUCCUAAAGUUGCCCCAACCUUGCCAAUCUACCAGUCUUUUUCCAAAGAAUGCUUCAUUAAGUGAUGCCAAAGAAGAAGGCAGGGACGCUUCAGGCCCCCUGCCUGAAAAAUCAACUCCUCUCCAGAAUAAGCCUUCUGAAGGAAUUGACUCAAAAUCUGCAAAAGAAGAAAAUGAAGCCAGACGACCCAUGAGUAAUGUAACUGAGUCUUCUGUUCCUGUGAAUCACUUCGAUGCUACCAAAACUGUGUUAACUCCUGAACGUGAAACAACUAAGAAGGAUAUAAAGAUCAAGAAUGCAGAUUCUUGGCUGAAUCUAGGCAAAACAGUCCCAACUUCAUGUCUCACGAAAUCGUCUAAUGAUAGCUUCAAGCAGUUUAGGAAAGCAGCAAUAGAGAAAGAAGCGAGAGAGCGAAGUCUGGAGCUUAAAAGAAGACAACUAGAGCAGAUCGAGAAGGAACAGAGGCAUCUUCAAAAACAAAGGACUCUUAGCACUCGUGUGGAUUCCGAACCUUUUGCAAAUAAAAUCCAGAAAGAAUUUUCUGAAGGAGGGGCUCUGAGAAAAGGACAUCCACAGCCUUCUGGGGAUGAAGGAAAUGUCAAGCUCUGUCUUUCCAAAGAUCGUGCCUUAGCAAGGAAGAGAGAGCAAGAACGCCGGAGGAGAGAAGCAAUGGCCGUCACCAUCGAUAUGAAUCUGCAAAGUGAUAUUAUGACGACCUUUGAAGAAAAUCUUGAUUGACUGUCUUCCUUUGAGUAACACUAAAAAUGAACAAGCGAAAGAAUAAUCCUGUUUCAGGACCUGUUGUUUGUCUUGCGUUUUGUUUCAACCCAUCCAAAAGAAAUACUGAUGAAAUAGCUGAAACCAGUUUUUAACGUUUGAUUAUUUGUCUGUGUUGAAUACUGAGUGUACAGGCAUUAUUCACAAGAAAUCUAUAUGCUCAGUCCCAAAUAUUGGCAAUUUUCUUAUGGUCUGAGUUUCUUGAAAAAUUGAACAAUCCUGUAUAAACAUUGGAAAAAUGCAUAUGAAUGUACAGAA